AUGGCCUCUCACCACCUAGGAGGACGCUCUAAACGGGCCUACGACACUCCAAUCGCUAUGAAAGGUGCUAUUAUCACAAUGCGCCUUUUUUACAAGCUUCAAUUCCAAGAAAUUGAGUCCAAAACUGGGGUUUCCGAGUCCACAGCCGCAAAGAUAUACUCCCGGGCAAAGCAGGAUGCUGGGAAUGAGGAUUUCCAUGAUAUGCUGGCUUCUCUCUCUCCCAAAUCAGACCGUCCAGGAAUGAAACCAAAGAUUGCGAACGGCAGCAAGCUUUCUAUGGAGAUUCGCAAUGAUAUAUUGCGAUGGGAGGACUACAAGUUUCAGGACGCUGCUGCGCCGGCACUGCAUGCAGCCGGCAUGACCGCAGCCAGAUCAACAAUCGAGAGAGUUGCACACGAGCGUCAAGAUCCCCUCUGCCCGGUGCCAAUUGUACGGGGAAUCAGGCCUAAAAAGCCCCCUCUCAAUGCCCAGCAGAAAGACUUGAGAUUUAAGCACUGCACCUGGCUACAAAACAUCAUCAAACGAACCAACUGCGACGUUAUUUUUAUCUGCUCAGACGAAUCACCUAAGCAAUUUGGCCCUGGCCAGUCCGGAGGAGGAAAGGCCAGAGUCUCAAGGCCUAUGGGAGUCAAUGCCAAUGAAUACGCUAUGCAUGAUCCUCCAGUACAAUUCUCCUUCUCUUUUUGGGGUGCCAUGUGCUUAGAUCCUUCUAUUCCAAGGCCUUGCGUUGUAUGGGAGCCUGAGUCUCAAAAGCAGAAGAAUGAGCUUCAACGAAAGGUCAUUAUUGACAAUGAAAUUGCUAAGGAAAAAGCUGAGGAAAAGCAACGCCGGGCUUCUAUCCAAGGGACAGUAGAAUACAACCAUAUGAAGAAGGUUAAUGACAAGAUAAAUGGCGACAACGAGCGCCUUAAGCAGCAAGGAAUUCGAAAGGGACGGCGUCAUCUACGGAGGCCUGAACAGGAGUUCAAAUAUGAGGUUUUCACCCGAGGAAAAGGCAAAGGAAUGGACGCGGCUUGGUAUGCAAACCACAUACUUAAACCUCUUCUUUAUCCAUACUAUAAAGCAGUAAAGGAGGCAAACCCCGGCAAGGAAGUCUAUUUAAUUGAGGACAACGUCUCCCUUCACGGUUCAGCUCGGAGGAAGCUCUCUCAUUUGGCUGAAGAACUGGGUAUUCUCUUUGUGGAUCAUCCUCCCAAUUCACCUGAUUUACACCCAAUUGAGCGGUGUUUUGGGAGAUUGAACCAUGAGGUGAAUAUAUACGAUUGCUACAGCGCUUCUAAGGAGGCUAAGAGGCAGGCAAAGGAGUGGUUGUUGGAAAUGUGGAGAGAGGACAAAGAUUUGGGUGACUACAUCCUUGGUCGAGCCUCAAAUGACACCUUUCUAUCGGUCGCAAAGAAGUGCAAAUUGAAGGGUGGAAACAACAACUUCACAGGAUAAUUUGGCACUUUGUUGAGUUGUGGUGGUGCGAACGUGGAUGCGGCAUUUUGGUGUUCUGCCCCCUGCAAGUGAUCAUCGGAAUAUGCCUUCGGCCGCACCCCUUGUAACAAUUAAUCUAGAAUCAUUGCCCGCUGACCGACUCCACGGGGUCGGGUUGGUCCUGCUGAGUCUUACAAGGGUGUCACAAGAAGAAUGUGAAUUGACUUUCCUUACGAAACAGAGUCUUGUGGUACGAAUGAGCACAUCACUUUUAAUAUAACACCUUUGUAUCUGCACGGGAAGCAUGUGCUGCAGAAAGUUUCAUACCACAACAAUUGCGUGUGACAAGACGUGAAACGAGAUAUCUCAGUGUAUUCGCA